AUGCCUCUGGAAAUUGCCGAUCAAGUUUUGGAAAAACUUCAACCCGUGGAUCUACUAACCUGCCGAAAAGUGUGCCAAAGUUUGAGAACCGCUGUCGAUAAAUUUGGAAUUACCUUUGAUAAGGUGUCAUUGGAUAUAUGGAGUGAUAGCAUUUACAAAACAUUCGACAAAAUCCGGAUCAGAAUACGCCCCCGCAGAGAAUGAUAGCUCGAUUGUGACUCAUAAUGAACAGGAAAAAAGAAUCGAUGGAACAAAUUACAUAAAACUAGCUUUCAAGGAUUUGGGCAUAAUUUUAAGUCGAGUUUCGAAAUUCAAUCUUACAAAUCACACGAAAAAUAAACGAGAUUCUAUGAAAUCUUUGAUAAAAGCGUUGAAAACCAAGAAAUUCGUUUGUGCGACCAAAAUCUACUUUUAUCAAUUUAGAUUCAACGAAAUUUUAUCGAUUCUCCCUUAUUUCAACCCAAAAGUUCUAGAAGACAUCGAAAUGUGGUACACUAACACCACUAACCGCUUCGAACGGAUUGCUAAUUUGGAUCAAUGGAAAAAUGCGAAAACCUUCGAAUUUUGGAGUGCUCGGUUCAACUGUGAACAUCUGGAAUAUCUGUUUAAUUUAGAAGAGUUUUCUGUGAAAAUGGGCAAUGUUUCAGUGGAAAGUGCAAUUCGAAUUAGAGAUAAUCUCUUGCCUAGAAGUACAUUCAAAAAGUGCAUUAUCUGGUUCAACAGCAUUAACCAAAUCGAACUUGCAACUGUAUUUCAGCCGGGAUAUUUUGGCAGAAAAGAAUACACCUUCAAUUAUUCAAACCAGACCAACACUUUUGCUAUAGAGUGCUCGGAAUUAAUGUCCUUCUAUCAUAAAUUUUCAAUCGAUAAAUGUUAA